UGCUGCUGAGCCUCCAGCCAGCCGUGACUUUUCUCAGCAUUAUCGCGGUUGCAAGCAAUAAACCAAAGCCGAGGAAACUCGGACAAAGCCACUGCGCUUGGUUGCCCUUCCCUGCCAGGGCCGACCUAUGGCCGCCACCUCUGGCUCGGCUCUUCUGCUAGGGGAUCCGUCUGCCUUUGCUGCCGCCCUCAAGACUCUCAUCAACAACCCCCAGUUCAGUGAUGUAACAUUUCUGGUUGGCAAAGAGAAGCAGAAAGUCUUUGCCCAUCGCUGCCUCCUCUCCUCCCGCUGCCAGGUAUUCCAUGCAAUGCUAAGCCAACCCCAUGAGAUACAAGUCCCGCUGGUCCUGAAUCACAUGCAGCCAGAAGUAUUCCUUACAGUCAUUGAGUACCUUUACACCAAUGGUGUCACUCUCAACAAUCUUACUGCCCUUGAGGUUUUGACUUCAUCUGUGGAGUAUGGGCUGGAUGAUCUCAGAAAGCUAUGCAUUGAAUUCAUCAAAGACACACUAAAAGCGGACCAAGCAUGUGAGGCAUUUCAGGCAGCAGUGGCAUAUGGACUGCUAGAUUUGCAGAUGUAUUGCUUGGCUUUCAUUGAGAAUUACACUCAGGAAGUGGUCCAAACACGUGGGUUCUUGGAACUGUCAGAACAGGCAAUGCAAACUAUUUUGCAGAGCGACUGUUUGGCCAUUGAUGAGGUGAAGCUGAUCCAUGCUGUUCGAGAAUGGGCACAUGUUGGGUCUGCUGUGCUGGGUAGGGGCGUGCAUGAUAUGGCACAAACUGUGGUGCCACAACUACGUCUAGCUCUGCUGUCACCAAGGGAGCUGACCUCUUUGGAAGACGAGAAUAAGAAAGACCAGAUGAUUCCGGUAGAGAGUUUUGCUGAGGCCUGGAAAACACAUGCUCUGUGGAAGAGGCGUGGGAUGCGAUCCUUGUGCCAGCGUCGGCGUGGCACACUGCCUCGAGUCCAUCAUCGCCACCUUGACCCACAGCAUAAAUGAUGUGAUGUCCUUGGAAUGAGGAGGAAGCAACACUUUUGUGCCUAGCAAACCCAACUUUGUUUUCAAUUUGGGGAUAGACCAAUGCUGCUUAAAUACCACAAAGGCAUCCUGCCUGCAGCCCAAGCUAUAACUCGUUUAGCUGACAGCACUAGACAAGAGUUUCCAAUCUGUGAGAAGAAAAGGUUUGGUCUCCAUGAGAGGAAUACAUAUUCUUUCCCAUCAGAGGUGGUAUCUCAACUUUUGGACCUUGAUUUCUUUUUGUUUUUAUGGUUUUGUCCAUCCCGUUCCUAUCUCCAGUGGCAGAUACCAUCCCACAGUCAGGCCUAUGUUAUGCUUAUGUGUGAUUGAGAUUAGAUACUUGAGCAGAGGGUUUAGGACAAUUAUGUUAGAAAUACAGCUAGAUGCCACCCCCAACCCCAUUCAGCCAUCCUACAUGAAUAUGCACAGGUGAUUUUGAAGUAUCAGUGCCUUUGAUCUGCCUUGCUCAGGUACAAUAUUUCCUUGAAUUCAUAUGGCUCUAGCUAAGGUAGAACACACUUAUUUUGGGAGCCCUACACACAGAUUAUCAGAGAUGUACAUAUUCUGGGCUACUUGAUUCUAAUUUUGUUGUACUGAUGAUACCACUAACUUGCCUUAUCUCUUUAAAUAGGCUACCAAUGCCCAAUAAGCCUUUUUUAUAUUCAAACAGGUGUUCACUUCUCAGCCCAUAUUCUAUCAUUCACCUACCCCGCUAUGCUAUGGGCCGCUGCUUCUGGUUUUCCUUUGGAUGCUGUACUUGUAUAAUCUGGUCCAGAAUUUGAGGGUGACCUCUUCCCCUUUGCGUUAUUUUCCAGGCAGCUCCUUCCAGCCAAAAAGAACAAUUUGGUUUUUAAAAAGGAGUUUUUAGUCAUCAAAGAAGCUUUUCAGCUUUGGUGCCAUCUCCGUGAAUGUGCACUGAAGUCUGAACUGACAAAAACUUGCAAACUUCUCAUAAACUCACACAGUGUCAGAUCACAUGGGCACAAUUCUCUUCUUGUUUUAACUUUCAUAUCUCUUACACUUCUAGCUUAUAUAAGCUGUUUUUCAUUUUGUUUAAAGAUUUUCAUUAAGCUUUCUGUGUACCCACACUGGCUUCUUCAGCUGUCUUCCUUAAAAAAAGACAUUGGAAUUGCAUGUCUUUUGGUAUUGCGCUUUUUUCGUAGGAACUUGUACCUAUCUUGAGCAAAUUCUUCCCACUGGUUUCUCUUGCCAUGGAAUCUUGCUCAGUUCCCAUUAAAACUUUUUUUUUUUUUGCUGUCCAGAUACAGUAUGUAUUCAGCUAUAUUUAAACUGUAGUUUUCUAUAAAAUCAAGAACUCUUGGCUAGGAUGAAGUCAAAGAUCCUCUUGUACCUUUUCACCCACUGAAAGAGAAAGUUGUCAGCAAGAUAAAUCAGGAGUUACUAGGAAUGAUCAUAUUUGGUGGAGUUUGUCUUCCAGUAAAUGCUGGCUUAACUAAAAUUUCAGAAGUUAGUAAAUGCCAACAAUAGUAUUCCUUGCACUAAUUCUUCCACUUAUUUUAAUCCAUUCACUUCCAUUUCUGGGUAACUUUAAGACAGUACUGCCUCUUCCUCCUUACUAUUUUUUAUGUUCCUUUUGAACAAAUAGCUAUAUUCCAGUCACAGGGCUCAUCCCACCAGUUCUUUGUUAUAUCUAUUAAAUAUUUGCCUUCUGUCUGAAGAGCGGUGUACAAUCCUUUUGCAAACAGAUGCCAAAGGUUUUAGAGUGAUUACAUUGGGGAGGGUGGUUUUACAACAGCUUGAACUCAAGCUGAAAAUGCCUGACUUCUUAAUAGGACUACUGCCUUUGCCCUUUAUAGAAAUAAUGUUUUUUAUAAUUUGAAUUGGAAAUACAACCUUGUAGCAAUAAGAACAAAAAUAAUAAAUUAACACAGUUAAAACUAAUGUGAUUGUUUUCCUUUCCUUUGAUCCUUGCCAGUUUUGGAGAUAUAAAACACCAGAAAACAAAUAUGAUAAUAAUAUCAUCCAUUUCCCUCCAUUGCUUGUCCAGAGGCAGAUUCAUGCAGACAGAAUCCCAAAAUUUUCUUUUCGCCUUCAUGGAAUCCUCCUCCUCCUCCUCCAGUGUUGUUGCUGCUAUUCAACAUUCAUGAAAUGGACUACAUAAAAAUGGACCCUUCAGAUUGGAACAUGUAAUGGUUCAGAUAUGCAGCACUGAUAGCAAUCCACUGAUUUAUCAUUGUGUGUGAGAUUUCUUUUUAAAAACCAAGAUUUUUUUUUAAUGUGCCAGAUUCAUUUAAAAAUAGCUUAGAAGCAACUUCCUUGCUGUAUUAUCUCUUAUGAACAGCUUUGUAGAGGUGUGCAUAUUGGUGGGUCAAGGUAACCUAGGUCAAGUAAAUGACGUGCCCCACCAGUGUGUAACAAGAAUUCAAAGUGAAUCAGAUCUGAUUGUACUAUGUCCAUUAACAUAAUUUGUCUGCUGUUCCAGUCAAGUAACAUCAGGAACCCAGGCUGCUUUAGAUCUAGAUCCUGGCCCUGCCUAGAUUUGUUUGUUUGAGUACCUGGUUGCUAGGUAGGUAAAUGACUUGGAGAACACAGACGAAACCUCUCCUUCACUCUGUUGCAAUAUAUUGAAUCAUCUGGUUCAGCUUCUCCUGUGUGUGAAAAUGAGAGUGGGAGUAAGAUUAGCCAACAGCAUAUGGAAAUGCAGCUAUGAUCUAAAAUAGCAAAUAUUUUUCAAACAAGUAAAUGAAGAUCCUCACUUGAUGAGAAUUGUCUGAUUUCUAAAAAUUGUAAAUGUAACUCUUUGUGAGAGGGAUUUAGAACAGACUGGAGGCAUUAAGGAAGAUGUGAUACCCCACUUUAUAAUAUUUCCAGGUUGAAGCUGCUAUUGCCUUAUGGGGUUGUACAAUACAUUUUACCUCUUAUCAUAAUCCCAAUUCCAACUGCCCUGCCUCCUUGGCUGUGGUUGCCAUUUUGGAAAUGGGUAGAAGAUUUCUAUUAUGCUGUGAUAUUUUAUGGCCUUGUGUGAUGCAAUAAGUUUUCCAAAGGAAUCUCUAAUUAAUGUUCAAAACAAACCUUAACCACAAAUGCAUUAUUUAAAAGCUAGGAAUACGUAAGACCUUUCAAACAUUGAAAGUAUUUGAAGCUAUAGUAAAACUGUAGAAUAACUUCAUAUAGCUAUUCAAAAUAACUUCCUUCCUUCCUCCUAGGUCACGUCUGUUCUAGCAAAAUAUUCUUUAGCUACCCAACUGUGUUGUACAGCUGAACCUUUCCAUUUAUUUAAGUGGAAAUCCCAUUGAAUUAAUAAAAUGCGUU